CACUGCAGACUCACUUAAAGUAUUUUCAACACUAAUAUCUUCCACUGGUUGCGUUUCUUCCUCCUUAACAUCUUCAUUACUAUCGAAAGUCAGACUACCAGUUGAUGCGUGGGGGUUUAGUGACCCUCUACCCCGUCACAGUGCCUGAGGAUAUGAACUGGACGGAUAUAACCGUCGCCUUGGGGGUGGCAAUCGAAUUGGAGAAAAGAGUCAAGGAGAAACUUGAAGAAGUGGUCCAGCUUGCUGAAUGCCACAAAGAUCUGCAACUUGCGGACUUCAUCACGUCCAAGUUUUUGAAAGAACAGAACGACUCGAUUUGUGAAAUGGGACGUCUGCUAACCAAAGCCAAACGACUAGUGGAUACGGGAGGCGUGGGAAGGCACCUAUUCGAUAGAGAGAUCUUCGAGUACAUGCGUGACAAAAAUCCAGAAAUUAAAUUUCCGUACCGCAAUAUCUGAACGUGGCUAAUAAAAAUCCAGUGAUAAUUGA